AUGAGUACAGACGGAUCAGGACGCACACUAGUUUACAUCGAUGGCUCCUGCUCCUUUAACGGUGCCAAAGCAGGAAUCGGAGUGUGGUUCACGGACAACCACCCCCUCAAGACCCACAAACUUCAAGGUACACGGGCCACCAACAUCACCGCCGAAACAGCGGCCGCCAUCGAAGCAUGCCAAAUAUGCAUUCGCCAUCACAUUUCGAGAAUACGAAUAAUCACCGAUUCCAAAUACCUCAUCAGCUGCAUGACUGAAAUACGAAUAAUCACCGAUUCCAAAUACCUCAUCAGCUGCAUGACUGAGCACAUAAAGAAAUGGAAAACAAAUGGCUGGCUAAAUGCCAAGUCCGAGCCCGUUGUCAAUCAAACACUCCUGAAACGGCUCGCCGAACUCACCCAGAAAAUCGACGUUCAAUUCGAAUAUACCCCAGGACACCAGGGAAUAUACGGGAACGAAAAAGCGGAUGAACUAGCAAAAAUAGGAUCAGAAAUAAUACCCAUCGAACCCUACUAG